AUUAAUUUCCAUCUCUCUAAUGAGCUUUAUAUUUAUUUCUAGAUUUUAAAUAAUGUAAUGUUCCAGUCAAGAUGGGGCAGACUAUGUGCAUCUGCUCCCGUGGCUCCAUCACCAUUGACAGCAAAAAAUACUACUUCUUGCAGAAACUUGACGAGGGUGGUUUCAGUUACGUGGACCUUGUUGAGGGGGUAAAGGAUGGUCGAUUCUAUGCCCUCAAGAGAAUCCUGUGUCAUGAUCGAGAAGGCCGUCAGGAAGCCCAGACGGAAGUGGAAAUGCAUCAGAUGUUUAAUCACCCCAAUAUACUUAGCCUCGUGGCACACACCUUUGUUGAGCGGAAUGGAAAGAGUGAAGCCUGGUUGCUUCUGCCUUACAUAAGAAAGGGAAGUCUGUGGUCAGUUCUGGAGAAGCUUCGGGAAAAUGGGAGCUACAUGCCUGAAAAACAGAUUUUAAAAAUCUUUCGUGGGAUCUGUUCAGGACUCAAGGCCAUCCAUGACAAAGGUUAUGCUCAUCGAGACCUUAAACCUACAAAUGUGCUUCUGAAUGAGGAUGACAUCCCCGUCCUGAUGGAUUUGGGCUCUAUGAAUAGAGCCCGCAUUGAGGUCCGGGGUACCAGAGAAGCAAUGACUUUACAGGAUUGGGCUGCCCAGCGAUGCACCAUUUCCUACCGUGCACCUGAGUUCUUCAAUGUGGAAAGCUACUGUGUUAUUGAUGAGCGCACAGAUAUUUGGUCAUUGGGCUGCGUGCUGUACUGCAUGAUGGUGCUGGAAGGACCCUACGACCUUGUGUUUCAGAGAGGCGACAGUGUGGCCUUGGCAGUUCAGAACCCUGUGAACAUCCCACAGCCCUGCAGUUACUCAGAUGGGCUGCAGUUGCUGCUGAGCUCCAUAAUGGUGUCCAACUCCCAGGAGAGGCCGAACAUCAGUUGGGUACUUGAGCAGGUAAAGGACCUGCAGAGUUGCAGCCCAGACACCCAAACCAAUACGGUCUGAAAGGACUUCAGCACACAUUGAGGAAUGGCUCCUAUUUUAUGCUCGGAAAUCCUUAAUUUAUUCAUGAUUGGUGAAAAAAACAGAGACUCUUUUGAUCACCAUUUUAACUUUUCAAUGACUCGCUGCUUAACACACAACUUGUGCGCUGCAAAUCAGCUGAGAAUAUUAUCAAAAUGCCUAAAAUAGAAUCUCCAUUCCUUGCUUUUGAUUUCCAUUGUAUUCUUGCAUUGUCAAAAUUGUUUUAUAUGCCUUAUGUGCUCAAAUGAGGUAGAAAGUAAACAUUGACCUCAGAGCUUUCCACAAAUUGUUGGAAUCUAUUUGCAGGCGCCUGAUAGUUCGAUAAUAAUAAAUAUUUGAAUGAUUUACGAUAUUGUGCUUUGUUAAAUCUUGAGUGAAUCAGAAAUCUUGGCCAUUGGUGAGCACAGGCACAUUUGUAAUGGCUUAUAUUUUUUGUCAA